AGAGAUUUUUAUCCAAAUCUACGGAGUAAGUUUUGUUUUGUUUGUUGUUGUUGCUGCAAAGGAAGGAAGGAAGAGCGUGGGUGAGUGACGGAGGAGGCAUGGCUACUACGGCUACGGCUUCGGCGUCGUGGGAGGAACUGACGCUGAAAGUGAAAUGGAUCGGCAACGAGUACACCGUCAGAGUCUGCGCCGACGACACCGUGGGCGAACUCAAGCGCCGAAUCUGCGAGCUAACCAACGUCUUACCCCUUCGGCAAAAGCUCUUGUACCCCAAACUCGGUUCCAAACUCAACGACGACUCUCUCUUCCUCUCCCAGCUCCCCCUCAACUCCUCUCUCAAGAUGACCAUGAUCGGUACUACGGAAGAGGACUUGCUCGUGGAUCCCGUGGAGUCCCCUGAGAUCCUCGAUGAUUUGGAGCUUCCCAAGGACGAAGCUGUUGACAUCAAAGAUAUGGAAGUCAACAAGCUGAAGUUGAAUAGACGCAUUCAUCACUUCAAGAUUGAGCUUCAAAAUUCCUGUCGCCAAGGGAAGAAACUGCUUGUUCUGGAUAUUGAUUACACUCUCUUUGAUCACCGCUCCACUGCUGAGAACCCUCUUCAACUCAUGAGACCCUACCUUCACGAGUUUCUUACUUCAGUUUAUUCUGAGUAUGACAUUAUGAUAUGGUCGGCAACCAGCAUGAAGUGGAUUAAAGUCAAGAUGGAACAACUUGGGGUGUUGGACAAUCCUAACUACAAAAUCACCGCACUUCUUGACCACAUGGCAAUGAUCACGGUUCAGACUUCUUCUCGUGGGGUCUUUGAUUGCAAGCCUCUUGGUUUGAUCUGGGCUAAGUUCCCUGAGUUCUACAAUGCUUCAAAUACUAUCAUGUUUGAUGACCUUAGAAGAAAUUUUGUGAUGAACCCACAGAAUGGUUUGACAAUUAAACCAUUCAGGAAGGCUCAUGCCAACCGAGAUAGUGAUCAGGAGCUUGUGAAACUUACCCAGUACUUACUAGCCAUUGCAGAGCUUGAUGACUUGAGCAACCUCGAACAUAAUAAUUGGGAGUUAUUCACAGAGGACAACACUAAAAGGCGUAGGCACUGAUAAAUAAUAAUUGAAUGCAAUAACUGGAAUCUGGUAAGCAAGAUGCAGCUUCUAGACUUACAAAAAUAUGCAGUUUUAUGAGGACAUUGUUCAGCCAGAGGAUUUCAGUUUUUUAUAUCAAGUAAUUAUAUCUUUGGACGGGGUGAAUGACAAAAGGAAAGGACUUCUUGUAGCAGCUGUAUGGAGUUAUCUAAGAGGACUAAUAUUGCUUAUGCAAUUUCUAUCCAGCAAUUCCUGAACAGAAUUUGAUUUGAUGAAUGAAAAAUAUUCUAUCCUUUCAUAAUUUGUUGGGAAAGGGUAUAAAGAUGGAUAAUUUGUGUGACACCUAUGGCUGUAACUAUUCUCCAAAGUGAUCAAUUGAACAUGGAAGUUCAAUCUCCUUCUCUAGUGUUUUUCGGCCUAUCAUGUAAUGAAACUUGAAGUUGUUCUUGGAUUUUAUGCUUCAUGAUAUAUUUUAUUGUCUUUUGUUAGUGAUC